AUAAGCUUGUAAGCAAUUGGCCAGUUUCGGUGCUCUUUCUUUCUUUCUGCUGCAGAAGUAGAAGCAGAACGAACAAACGAAGAGAAAUGGAGCAAAGCAGCAAAAUCUAAAGAAGAACUGAAACGAUGAAAAGCUACAGAAUCACGUUUCCUUCCUUCAACGCAUAUUGACAAAAUAGGGAAACUUCAUUAACCGAUAUCGUGAGGUAGACGACGAAGUAUUCCUCCUUCCGAACUACAGUUUCCUCCAACUCAGAUUCCAUGGCGCCGUCUUGUACUUGUAUAUCUCGUCCUCCUCCUCCACCUCCUUCUCAUAGUCGUCUUCGCAAGAGCAUUAACGCUAUUACGCCAAUUCCGAUCUUCUCCAAUUCAAAUCUACAAUCUGUUUCAAUGACGUCCACUCGCAGUUUAUUAACUCCACCAAAACGCAAAUACAAGCGUAUUUCUCCCGCAUCCGCCGCCGAUUCUUCCUCUCAGCCGGAGAUAGCGGAUGGAGAGCGGAAGCUGACUGAUCUCCCAACACUUGCUAGAAGAUUCUGGAAAGUUGCUGCUCCAUACUGGUUCUCUGAUGAUAAAGUUCAAGGGAGAAUACAGCUUGCUGCUGUAUUUGCUCUCACAUUAGGGACUACAGGUAUCAGUGUUGGCUUCAACUUUCUUGGACGUGACUUCUACAAUGCCCUUGCCAACAAGGAUCAAGAACAGUUCACGAAGCAACUAUUUUACUAUCUUGCUGCAUUUGCUGGUGGAAUUCCGUUUUUUGUUCUGAGAGACUAUAGCAAGGAAGUACUUUCAUUGAGAUGGAGGUCUUGGAUGACAAGUUAUUAUAUGGAUAGAUACCUGAAGAAUCAGACAUUCUACAAGAUACAAUCUCAAUCGAUAAUUGACAAUCCAGAUCAGCGGAUUGUUGAUGAUCUAAGUUCUUUUACUGCAACAGCUCUUUCAUUCUCCUUGACAAUGGUUAAUGCAGCAGUAGACUUGAUAUCAUUUAGCAACAUUCUGUUUGGAAUCUAUCCGCCAUUGUUUGUUGUACUCAUUCUAUAUUCAAUUGGUGGGACAGCAAUUAGCAUUUUCCUCGGGAGGGGACUGGUUUCUCUUAACUUUUUGCAAGAGAAAAAAGAAGCAGAUUUCCGUUUUGGACUUGUACGAGUUCGAGAAAAUGCUGAAUCUAUCGCAUUUUAUGGUGGCGAGGGAAAUGAAUUGCAACUAUUGUUGCAGCGUUUCAGAAGUGCCUACGAGAAUUUAACGAGAUUAUUGAUCAGUUCUCGAAACUUGGAGUUCUUCACCAGUGGCUAUCGCUACCUAAUACAAAUUCUUCCAGCUGCAGUUGUUGCACCAAUGUAUUUCUCAGGAAAGAUAGAAUUUGGCGUCAUAAAUCAGUCUGUUUCGGCUUUUAAUCACAUUCUUGGAGAUUUCUCUCUCAUUGUAUUCCAAUUCCAGUCAAUUAGUGCCUUCUCAGCAAUCAUUGAUAGGUUGGGUGAAUUUGAUGAUGUCUUGGACGGAAGCAGCUCUAGAAAUGGCUCUGAUGCCCCUGAAGAGAUUCAUACUUCUUACUGCAAUAUGAAAAGUGAGACAUCUUCAGAGACAAAUGGGUCCUUGGACACCAACCAAGCAUUGCUCAACAUUGAGAGCUUGACUCUACAGGCACCAAGAAGCGAAACAACACUACUUAGGGACUUUUCAAUAACCAUAUAUGAGAAGGAUCAUCUGCUGGUCACGGGACCAAGUGGGAGUGGUAAGACUUCUUUGUUGAGAGCUAUUGCUGGCCUUUGGAACACCGGCAGGGGGAAGAUUACAUUCUACACAAGAAAUGAUGACGAUCUACAGCCGAACGAUCAACAACCAAGUUUGAUCCUUGACGUAUAUAAUAAUGAUACUGAAAAACGCAGAUUGAGUGGUGUAUUCUUCCUUCCUCAAAGACCAUAUAUGGUUUUGGGAACUCUACGUCAACAGUUGCUUUAUCCAACAUGGUUUGAAGAUUCAAUAGCCUUCCAAGACAAACAAGGGUCACUUCCUUUUCUGAUGGAUGGAAGCAAAGGAAAUGUUAAUAAUAAUAAUAAUACAAAGUCGUCAGAAAGGCCAACAACAAGUGAUCUCCUUAAAGCAUUGGAUGAUGUUCGCCUUGGCUACAUACUAGCUCGUUUCGACGGUCUUGAUACGAUAUGUGAAUGGUCUAGUGUUCUUUCUCUCGGUGAGCAGCAGCGUCUUGCUUUUGCUCGUCUGUUACUUUCUAAACCGUACCUGGCUCUUCUAGACGAAUCCACCAGUGCUUUAGAUGAAGCCAAUGAGACGCACUUAUAUAAGAUGAUUGAAGAAGCGGGUAUCACCUAUGUAAGCAUAGGCCAUAGAAGCAGUCUGUACAAACAUCAUAAUAAGAUCCUACAUAUACUAAAGGAAGAUGAUGAUCCCUCAAGCAUGAAGCCCAACUGGUAUGUCAUUGAUUCCUCCAUUGAUCAAGAAGAUACCUUGAAGCAAUACAAACCCUCUACAAAUUAAGUAGAUAAUUAGCUUGUUAGGUUAAGGUUAGGUUACAAGAGACAAUGAAGGAAUCACACCUACUUAAUAUUCUAUUUGUAUCACUGGUUAUUGAUCAAAGGACACACUCCUACUACUAGUUACUUUCA